CCGCUCGGCGGAGGGCGGGGAGUCGGGCGCGGCGCCUCCCUGCUCGCUGCUAAACGCGGCCGGAGCCGGGCGCGGGGCGGCGGCAGCGGGACGGAGCCGGGGACGGAGCCGGGCACGGAGCGCAGCGCCUGGGAGCCGAGCCCGGAGCAUGGCCGGGGCCGGGGCUGCGGCCGCUGCUGCUGCUCCCCCCGCAGCCCGCGGGGAACUUUUCCCCGCGGCCGGUGCCUCCUGGCGGCGGCGGUGGCGGCGCUUGGGCUCGGCGGCGCCCGGCGGGCCGGGGCUGGGGCUGCUGGGGCUGCUGGUGUCCCGCCUGUGCUGCGGUACCUUAGCUGGACCAAUUGUUGAUCCACAUGUGACAGCAGUUUGGGGGAAGAAGGUUGCACUGAAAUGCAUAAUUGAUGUAAAUGAAACAAUAACACAAGUUUCGUGGGAGAAGAUGCACGGUAAAAAUUCAGAGACUAUUGCUGUUCAUCACCCUGAAUACGGAAUUUCUAUUCAAGGAAAAUACCAAGGAAGAGUGUCAUUUAAAAACUACUCGCUCACCGAUGCAACAAUCGUCCUGAAAAAUGUAAGCUUUUCUGAUGCAGGAGAAUAUAUUUGCAAGGCAGUUACAUUCCCACUUGGAAAUGCACAGUCAUCGAUAACUGUAACAGUACUAGUUGAACCUGUUGUGAGCUUAACAAAAGGACCAAACCCUCUAAUAGAUGGUGCAAAUCAAACAACAGCAGCAAUUUGUACAGCAGCCACUGGAAAACCUGCUGCAGAGAUCGACUGGGAAGGAGGUCUUGGUGAAAUGGAAUCCAGCUCUACUUUGUUUCCAAAUGAAACAGUGACAGUUGUAAGUCAGUAUAAUAUUGUCCCUACACGAUUUGCAAGAGGAAGACGUAUAACUUGUAUUGUGAAGCACCCAGCUUUGGAAAAGGAGAUAAGAUACUCUCAUGUGUUGGAUAUACAGUAUGCCCCAGAAGUUUCAGUAACUGGCUAUGAUGGAAACUGGUUCGUUGGAAGAGAGAAUGUUCAGCUCAGGUGUAAUGCUGAUGCAAAUCCAUUACCUAUGGAAUUGAUGUGGACCAGGUUGGAUGGACAAUGGCCUGAAGGACUGCUGUCUGUCAACAACACGCUGCAGUUCACCAGCCCAUUGACUUACAACUACACUGGGACUUAUAUCUGUAAGGUGACUAAUGCACUUGGUCAGAGAACUGAUCAGAAGACUAUCUACAUAUCAGAUGUGCCAUUUAAGCAGACAUCUUCUGUUGCUGUAGCAGGGGCUGUGAUUGGAGCAGUCCUUGCUCUUUUUAUCAUUACCAUCUUUGUGACAGUGCUGCUGACCCCAAGGAAAAAAAGGCCAUCUUAUCUUGACAAAGUGAUUGAUCUUCCACCCACUCAAAAACCAUCUUCUUGUGAGGAGAGAGCAUUCUCUGUACCACAGAAAGAAGCUAUGCUUCAGGCACUGAAGUGAGACUGAGAUGCCUGUAAUUACCAGGGUCGUCUUUCUUGUCCUUGAAAAUUGGAACAGUAUUUGUCAGCUUCUAGUCAACUGGGACCUCUCCAGAUUGCCAAGACCACAGAAGAGGAAUUAAGAGGUCUCAUGAUGACAUCAGGCAGCUCUGAGUACCCUGGGCUGAAUCCCAAGGGGCCACCCAGACUUGUAUGCAUCCAGGUGGAACAGCAAAUCCCACACAACAUUGGGGUUGGCUGGGAAUGUAUUGUUCUGCAGUCAGUCCUCAAACUCAGGGCACCUGGAGUCUCAGAGCCUAUGGCUAGUGUUGAAGACAGAGGAAAAGAAGGCAUGAAAUGUCUCUGCUUUGUUUAUGUUCCUGUUUGUGAGGUGACUGUCUGCAUGAAGUGACAGGCCUGUGUUUUCUCCAUUCUUUUGCUUUUCUUUUGCUCUUCAGAUAUUUUUAACAAGACCUUUUUAUUAUCCACCACGCUACUGUCCAUCUUCAACUCUAGUUGAGCUUUGGCCACACAAAAUUUCUCCCUACUAAGGCAAACAGCAUCCCUGCAGUUCCUCCAACAUCACCUGACCUCGCUUCCAGCAGCCAUAUGCUUUUUCUGCCUAAGUUCUAGAAGAUCCCUGCUAAGCCAAACCAUCCUUCUGCCGUGCCUGCUUGACUUGUGAUGUUUUAGAAUUUCCAUUGCCUGUCCUCUUAGGAGGUGGUACUUGAAAAAUGACCAGCACUGCUGGACACCAUUAUCUUCAAAAGCAGUUUUGCAGGAGGCCUUACUAACUAUUCACUGAGCAGCCUGAAGUCUGCUUUCCAAGUAUCCAGUGUUGAAGUUCAUGGUUUCUUUUUCUGAACUGUCUUUGAAUUCUCUCUGGUUUUGCUUGCUGUGGCUUUUGUUAGUGACUGCUUAAGAACUAAGAAAAGCUGAAGUUGGCUGUAAUCUUUGUUGAACAAAGAAGAAAAUGUUUUAUCUAAAUGCAUUUUACAAACUGAAUACCAAAACCAGAUUCAAUUGAAUACUCAUUUCCCUCAAGCUGGAUAAAUAUUUCCUAGGUUGCUUUGGGAAAGGGAGAAGACAUCAAAUUCUCUUUCAUGCUACAUGUUCACUAUUCUUUAUUUAGAACUAAUGGAUGUUGGCAUAACAUUGUUAGUAUACCUGUUUUGUUUUUCUUCUGUGGAAUUUUGUAAAAUUUAAAAGAACUGGAGCUGGAGGCUGUCUUCCUAUCUGCUAAUGAUACUAUCCAUACACAUGUACUGUCUGUUAUGCUUGAGGCAAGUGCUUCUGCUUAAUCUAAUAGACAUAAGUGUCAAAAUACUACCUUUAGUCAAUAAGUGAUUGGUUGUAUUGUUUUGUCAUAAUAAGCCAACGCUUGAAUAGCUAUAAAGAGGGAGAAGUGGCUUAGUGUGUCUGCCUUGUCCUGUUUGGCCGUGUCUGCAGUGGCCGUGUAAAUUAUGCCGUUUGAACUGCAGUGUCUAGACAGAAGUGAGAACCUUGUUGGUAGGUUUCUUUCCAUAUAGCUCAGAUACAAGCUUAUAGCUAUGCUGAAAAGAAAAGCAGGUGAAGCAUUGCUGUAUUGACAACAGCAACAGAUGAUCACAUAAAUCUGAGCAAAAAUAAGCUGCACAAAAAUGCAAAGUAAAGCUGAAGGAGAAUGAACUUAAAUGGUACCUUCUACAUGUCUAGAGUAGCUGAGAAGCAAUGCAAUUUAAGCUGAUUCUGUUGAUACACGUAGCGUGCAAUAUUUUUAAUCGUUGAUACAGUUAGUGCUCAGGUAGAGUACAGUAGUUUUUAGGGUCAUGUGAAUUAUUUCAGAUAAAGCUGAAUAAGCUGAAAUGCUCCCAUUUGUGUGCAGUAGUCGAUUUUUAAGUAGAUCUUAAUGCAUAUUUGAGCAUAUGAGUGUUGGUAUUAAAAGAAAGGGGAGUGUUAUACACAUUUGAUAAUAAAACUAUUAACUCUUUCAGACUUGGAAGCUUUAUGUGUAGUUAGUGUUUGUACUGAUGUUGAAAAUUCAACACGUAAGUGGAAGUACGUUUUAACUGAACACACCUAAUUUUUAUACUGAUGUUUGUGGAUAACAAUUGGUAUUUUCCUGUGACUCAUGUAGAAAUUCAGAGGAAAAAAGGCCCUAAAAGAGUGAGGGAGUAGGCUAAAUCAAAGAGACAGUAAACAGAACAAAUUUAAAAAUGACCAUGUAAAUAGCUUUUACUGUGAAAACUGUUUAUCUCUGAGGUCUUGCUUUUGUGCUUUUUUUUCUUAAUCAUUGUCACGGAAAUACUAUUUGUUUACUCAGAACGGCUUUUUACGUGCAAUGUGAAAGAGCAGUGAGCAGCCUGAAGGUUAUAUUCUUGGUGAGGGCACAAUCUUUGCUUGGCAACUGAGUUUUGAGGCAAGUCAAGAAGCUGAGCAAUGAAAGAGUUCCAGUAGCUUGAAGAUAAAUUUCUCUGUAGCGUAAUAUUAAUAAAAAGAGAGGGAGAGGGAGCACUAAUCCAGACAAAUGAUUUGAUUAUUCAAGUUAGUUAACUCUUUCAUAGAAUAUAUUGUAAAGGAAUAUAUUUCUAAGAAGCCAAGUUGACUUAUUUAGAAACAUGACUGAGACAGGAACUCCGUGACAUUAUGGGAAAAAAUGGAAUUAUGUUGUGCUUGACAAGCCUUUUGAAAGGAAAUAGAAAAAAAAAUAAUACUUCAACUGUGAUUUUAUAUAAUGCAUUGCAUCAAUAUUCAGGAUUCUUGAAACAGUCAGGAAUUAUUUGGGCUGCUUUUGUAUUUUCUUUUGUAGCAGCAGAAAGAAAAGCAAAGAAAGGAAAUACAGUCAAGUAGGUAAUUCUAGCCCUGAAAAGGCUGACUUGAGUCUUGAAACUUCAAACACCUAACAUCUAUAACCAAACUAUCCUGUCAAAUGGUAAAGCUCUUCAGUGGUAAUACAAGUAUUCCUUUCCAAAAUAGGAAAAAAGUGAACUUGUUGUAGCUUAGUUAAAAACAUAAGGCUAUGCAACACCCCUUUAUUGAAUGAUAUUUCUGGACCAUAUGCAAAAAGUAGUCUUAAAUAGAGGAAAAUAUUGAUUCAUUUAUGGCAUUUGAUAUUGAGUAUUUCAUGGCACUCCUGCACUCUUCUACUUGUUUCUCUAAUGAUCUUUAUAAAGGUAGGAAUUUCUCUUUCUUGAUGGAAAAGGAAGCGUUACUAUAAACUGCUUUAGACUGCAAAGUUGUUUAGGCAAACAGGAUUGAAUAGAAAGAAGCAUAAAAUGUGUGCAGAUAAACUCAUCCAUAUUGAUGAAGGAUCUUAAAACGGGAAGGAAACAUUAACUUGAUAGGGACUAGAAUGAGGCAUGACUUUUUAUUAAUGGACCUUGAAUGUAUGAAGACAAUGAUAUACUCUGUGGGAUGGAUUCCUAUGAAUAAGAUCUCUUAGACAUGGGGAGUAGAUAGGACAUAUUUAUAAUGGUAUUUGUGAAUUGGAAAGGAUGAGAAAAUAUAAGAUGAUGUUGAGAUAAUUGUUUGAGCCUUUUAAAGGACUGUUUGAGAAGAAGCAUAUUGAAAGUAAAAUGCAGUGCUCUUAGGAAACACUGAAAUGCGUAAAUUAAAGCAUUAGGAAGGAGAUACAAGAAGAAAAGCAACACUUGGAAAUACCAAGUUUGCAGCGAAAAAAAAUGAAACAAGACAUUAUGAAGAUUUAUGGCACUGGAAUAAGUUGACAUUCAAGUUAGGAAGUUUUAACUGGCAGAAUAACACUCCUCACUUUUGUUUGUCAGUUUGAAGACUUGGUUGUUCUUUAGGAAACAUUGGUUUCCUGAGGUCCUUUACUUGCCUCCAGUUUAAAAUGUAAAUGUCCAAUUAGCGUAGAUGUCAUCUUAAAUGAUUACAAGCUGUUACUUUGCUAUAUGGUUCUGUGCUGGAACCUCAUGUUUUCAUAUUCUUGUUCAUGAUGUGUUAGAGUAGACUGUUAGAGUAAAACAAGAUUUUGACUUGUUCUUUACAGAAGUGGAAUGUUCUCAUGCUUGACUGUCCUCUGUGUUGUUUAAAGCAAGUCCUUAAAUGUAAAACUGGCAACUUUUACCUUAGCUUCCUUUUUAACAUAGAGAUGGAGUGAUUGUUAGUAUUGUACUUUGAGGCGGUAGCUCCUGAAUUGGAAAACAACAUGAAAAAAAAAAAAAAAAAAGCUGAAAUUACAGAUUUAACCAAUACACUUUUUAGACAUCGCAUUUAGUAUUGAGGAAAAAUAUAUAUUUCUAUUGAACAGGGCUUUAAACUGUUACUUAAUCAAACUUUUUUUCACUACUGACAAUGAAAUGGGAGAAUGACUCUCUCACAUGCCUGAAGAUCUGGAGUAGACAGUAGACAGAUAGUUACUGUUCUUCUGUAUUCUUCCCACGGUGCUAUCAGGAACUAAUAUAUAUAUAAAAAAAAAGUUCACAUUAUUACAUUAUUUUUAGUGAGUUGAUUCUUUGGAUAGAAACUGACAGAGUAGAAUGGAUUGGAGAUCUUGAGCUUGACUGAGUAAGGUUUAAAUUUGGGGAUGAAGUUUUGGUGAACUAACUACUUGAAAUGCUGAUACUGAAUCGUGAUUUGAGUGGUACAAGUCCCAAGAUCCUGCUUAAGUGAGACCCAAGCAAAAUGCAGAUGCCUGUUUUCUCCUGUUGGAUUGGUGUGUUAAAUUGCUCAGAUAAAAUCUGUUCUUGUCUUUUAGCAGCUGCUGAAAGUUUGUUUUCUGAGAUUGGAACAAACUUACUUCAAACACUGAGAAUAUCAGAAGUUAUGCAGGGUGCUUUAGUCAUGUUUAAAAUAGAUAUUUGGAGCAACACACAUGUACAUCAUGACUGAAGGAAACAGCUGGCCAUUCUGAAAGAAAUAUUGAAGAACAAGUGUUUACCUACCAAGUGAAGAACCAUUUUGAAGAAUAGAAAAAUCUGUUCUCUCCCCUUUGGUUACGACAGAAAUCUACCAAAAUGAGGCUUUCCUGUGAG